CCUGCGCCCCGUCGUCACUCAUGCGCCCAUUGAGUGAGCAAGCGCGCUCGCAGUUUGGUCCGGAGGAGAUGAGGAAUGCUGUCCCUUCCCUCGCGCCGUCGUUACUACGGCGCAGGCGCGCGGAGCUUCAGUAAUGGCGGCCCCCGUCGUGCGGCUCCCUUUGCCUCGCUUCUGCCAAGGUUUCUGCUUUUCCCGUCGAGUCGCGAAGCUGCGCGGACACUCCACGGAGGCGGCGGCCGUUCUGAAGGAGAGGCCGGCUUUGAGCGGAGAGGCUUCCUCCGAUGCUGAAAUUGCUACCAGAAAGAAGACGUUCAGUGAAGUCCUCGCAGAAAGAAAAGAACAAGCCCAUAGGACAGUAUUAAUUAACUGUCCUUCCAAAAUCACUGAGAAAAAACUUCUUAAAUACUUGUCAUCUCAUGGAAAUAUUAAGAAUCACUUUUUCUAUGAAACUCAUGGUAUAUAUGCAGUCAUAGAAUUUUCUGAGUUGGACAGUAUAGCUUCAUUGCAGGAUGCAACGGGUAUGCCGCAGUUUGAGGAUGACUGCCCUAUUCCAUUUAAAUCUAGAAUUUUUACCUUAACAUUGAAAAAUCCACCAAGCCAAGCUUCUGAACCAAUUCACCUCCAUAAACAGACCACCAUUCCAGUUGGAGAGCUGGUGAAUAAACUUUGUAAUGCCGACAGUGUGAGUGCUCAGCUGCAAAUACUUAUGGAGAAAUACCAGUUGACAGAAGAAAACACUAAACUCCGAUUUUUGGCCUGUUCUUUAAUUCAAGAUAUUGCUGGGGCUUAUUUUCCAGAUUGCAAUGUGAAGCCUUUUGGCUCAUCUGUGAAUACCUUCGGUAAACUGGGAUGUGACUUAGACAUGUUCCUGGACUUGGAUGAUACUGGGAAGAAUAGCGCUAGAAGGAAAACAGGUCCUUUCAAUAUUGAGUAUCAAAUGAAGAGAGUCCCUUCUCAGCGAAUAGCAACUCAGAGGAUCCUCUCUGUGAUUGGAGAAUUUAUUGAUAACUUUGGCCCUGGGUGUGUUAGCGUGCAAAAAAUACUUAAUGCUCGCUGCCCAUUGGUGAAAUUUUCCCAUCAACCAUCAGGAUUUCAGUGUGACUUAACAGCUAACAAUCGAAUUGCCAUGAGAAGCACUGAACUUCUCUAUAUCUAUGGCAGCCUUGACCCACGUGUCAGAGCCCUUGUGUUUGGAGUGCGGUGCUGGGCACGGACCCAUGGAAUCACAAGUAGUAUUCCUGGCCCAUGGAUUACCAAUUUUGCUCUAACAACAAUGGUUUUGUUUUUUCUACAAAAAAGACAGCCUCCUAUUGUUCCAACCUUAGAUCACCUAAAGGGGCUAGCUGAAGACAAGCACAUAGUUGAAGGUUAUGAUUGUACUUUUGUUAGUAACUUGAACAAAAUCAAGCCCACAGAAAACACUGAAACAUUGGAUGUGUUACUGGGUGAAUUCUUUGAAUAUUUUGGGAAUUUUGCUUUCAAUAAGCAUUCAUUAAAUAUCCGAAAGGGCAAGGAGCAAAACAAGCCAGAAGCGUCUGCCCUCCAUAUACAGAAUCCCUUUGAACAGAGCCUUAAUAUCAGCAAGAACGUAAAUGCCACACAGCUUGAAAGGUUUGUUACCUUGGCCAGAGAGAGUGCCUGGCUUCUCCAACAGGAAGGGAAAGGUCCUUCCUCCAGCCAUUCUCAGCCCUGGGGACUGGCAGCCCUUCUUCGAACCUCAGGACUCAGUCAUGCUGGCAAAAGUACAAAAAGAAAGAGAGGACCAGCCAGCGAAAGAAUCAAAAGCUUGCUGGAUUCUUUAAAGUUUAAUGCCAACAAUGGGAAAAGAACCUUUGGCACUCGGGUGUGUUAGCAGAUGCUGGGUCUGUUUGAGACUCAUUGAGCUGGAUGGUUGGCUCAGCACCUUUGAAGUAGCCUCAUUUGUACAUAGGCUGAACUGGCAAAUUAGUGUGGCCUGGGAGAUUUUGACCAGGAGGCAGAGAUGGUAUGGAUCUCACUUUGCCUUUUUUUAAAAAUUGCUCUCAUCCUUUGGAUGGGAGACAUCCAGACUCCCUCCUAAAUCAAUUUCUGUUUGAUACCAGUCAGAAAGAAUGAAUGCUGGACCUAAGAAAGGAACAUUCACACAUAUUCUAAUAAAUGAAGAGGAAAACAAAUUGCACUGUGCCAUUCUCUGGGGCAGUCUUAUACCGACUGGUACAGCAAAUUAUUAAUCAAAGUUACUUGUCUCCGUUUUUGAACCUGUUUCCCACAAACAUCAAGGGCACUGCAGAAUAGAGCAAAACAAGAUUUAUGUGGUGAUAUGAUCAUUGGACACUGUAUAAGAAGCUAUUUCUCUGGUCUGGAACAAGAGCAAAUUUUGCAAAUAACAUUUUCACCUGUUCCUUCAUAUUUAAGAUUUUUGUAAACAAAAAAAGAGAGAGAAAAAAUUUACCUACUGAUUACAUUGGAAUUAUAAAAGAUUUAGGAAAAUUCAGUGAAAUGUUGACACUGUCUAAACUUUAUAUUUUUGUUGUUAUUAUAUGCCUUUUUGGCUUAUGACAAUCCUAUCACAGAGUUUUCUUGGCAAGAUUUGUUACAAAGGGGAUUUGCAUUGCCUUCCUCCUAAGCGGAGUGUGACUUGCCCUAGGAUUGGGUCACUUGCACUGGAUUUAUAUGAUUGAGCUCGGUUUGAACCCUGAUUUCGCAUAACCAAUCAUGUCACCUUUCCCUGCAUAGGAAGUAUUUUCUUAUUGAGGUAAUCCAGGUGGUUGUUAUUUGCAAGUUCCUGAUGUACAACAUACAGAGCUCUUGCCAAUGUUGUUGCGGGCUGAGGCAAAACCAUAUACACAUGUGCCCAACUUUGUCUAUUUAAAAAUGUCAUCAUUGUUUUGUCUCAGGCUUUACCAUAUAUUUUUAUGUGACUGCUGCACUUACAAACAGUUUGUCAAAGCCAUACUUCUGCUGGGCUUUUUGAAGUACAUCACUUGUUCUACUUUCCUUCACUUCAGAGACCUGUCACUUUUUCUUUUAUCAUCGGAGCAGGUAGCUGUGACAAAGCGACUGAGCAAGCAGUCAUAUUUGCUUGUCUGAAAUAAAUGGAUGGUGACUUGGCCUUCCAAACUCCGGUGGGCAGGUUGUCUAAUAAAUGAUGAAAAUCCUUAAUAUGAAAUAACGUACAAAAUAGAUUUUAGCCCCUCUUCUAAGCCUUGUGUCUACUUUCCCUUAGAAUAUUUGAAUAUGUAUCUAUUUAAUGCUGCAACACAAAACCAAAGAGUACAUGAUAUGUAUAUUAUGUCAAGCUAACCGUAUUAGCUUGCAUCCUAAUGGUCACAUAUGUGGGCAUAACAGGGCUUAGUUCCCACAUAUAUUCUUCCCAAGGCUUCUACUCCAGUGUGGCAAUAAUAAUUGAGAAAUGCUGGUUUGACACUUCAUCCACUGAUCAGCUAUGGAUAUGUAGCCAGGCUCAUUUCAGCUUCUGUUGAGUAUCAAGAAGGAGCAGACUCUGCCUUAUGAUUAGGGCAGUUAAUGGCCUGGGAGAUUGACCUGUGUCUCCAGCCUUUCUAUUACUGUGUACCUGAGGACAUAGUUGAGCAAAAGAAGGGUCCACCAUUGUUUCCUACAACUAUGGCAGCUCUCCCACCACGAUGUAGAAUCUCAGCCAGCGUGUUCAUAUUUUCUAUUUCAGAGUCAUCUUUCAUCAUUACCUGGAUCUUUACAUUAUUACCUAGAUGCGGUUGAGUAAUUGUCUAUAUCCUUGCUGUAGAGGGCAGCAUAUUGACACUUUUAAUGCAAAGUAGUAUUUCCUUGCCCGUUUCCCUUUAGAAGUUUUGGAUUCCAUUUCAUAGUUCUGACUAAGUUCAAGUGUAUACAAGGGGCUAUAGUUUACCAUUCUUAGAACAGGUUUUUCCAGCUGGGGAGUCAAGGUAUGCUCUGUCAAAAGCUGCUGGAGAGCAGACCUCCUAUUAUUUCCUUAAUGUGUUUAAUGCAUACCGAUACUUUCUUUGAAAAAAGUGCAAUCACUCUAAAAUAGUCUUCCCUUUCACUGAAGGGAACAUGCUGUAGCUCUAAAUCAUUUUCAGUGGGAUAACAUUUCUAUGGAGUAUCUCUCGUGAGUUUCCUGGUAACUCACGACUCAUUUCAGAUCCUGGAAGUCUACAAAUUAAGAUUCUCCCUAUGCUCAUACAUUACUCUACAAAUCACAGUAAGCUUCAUUGGAGCCUCCUGUUGCCUUUCAUUUUUGGAGACUUCCUUUUGGAGCUCUUUGCCAUCUUUUUGUUUUUACCAUUCUGAAAGACUUGUCAUCUUCAAAUUAGGCCAUCUAAUUUAACAAUGAAAGAUACGUCCCUGUCAUUGCCUUUUCACCUUUUUUCCAGACAAUUAUUAAAUAGUGUCAUUCCCAGGAAAAGGGUAUUUUGGAACCUAACAUCUGUUUUCCUCAUGCCAUAAUUGGGAUUUUUUAAAUGCCAUCUUGAGCAGAAAGUUGGGAUAUGCAUUUAAUGACUCUUAGUUUUCACUCUCUACCUUAGUCUGUAGCAGCCCUCUAAUCGCUCUAGUAUCCUUUCCAUGCAAGAUUUCUCAUUCUUUGGCAGAAGUGGCUUGUAAAAUUGGGUCACCAUUCUCACAGGGAGAAAUAGAUGAGUUGGCAUUGUUGUGAUAUGGAUCAAACAUAGCCUUUGCAAGCCUGUGUGGGGAUAGAAAGCUUUAGAAUGAAUGCUUCCACUGCAUUCAACAACUGCAGUUUGCAUCAGGUUUUUGCUGGUGGUGCUUUGGCAUCCUAUUGUAGUUAAGAAAGACUCUAGUUUUAAGUGCAGAUUGAAUCACAUUAAACAUCUGUAAGUAAACUCAGUAAAGUAGGGGAUUGCAGCAUUAGACUGUAGUCUUAACUUCAAAGAGUUCCCCAUAGUCUUAUAUUUUAUGUUUAUUAUGAUCAAAUAGUUUCCCUUUUAUUGAUGCCUCAAUCUUAUUUUUGGUUUAUCGUAGGGGAUUACAGUUAGAACCAUAUAUGGACUAAUAUCCACAAUGUAUAUGUCAAACAGUAUCUUCAUGUUCUUGAUAAAACAAAAGCUCUAUAAAUUACAGAGAUAAACAUGCCUGGUUAUAUUUAAUAGAAUAACUAUCACAUCUU